AUGGCAAUCUUCAUAAGUGUUGUCCUUUGCGCUUUCUUCUUCCUGCCAUCCGAGGCACUAUACGAUCUAGAACCAUGCUACGGAGAAAGAUCUAUGAAAGAACACAAAGUUCGGCAAACCUUGUUUGCUUUAGUUAACACAAUCGAAUCUCCGAAUCCGAAAUUCAUUAACUACGACUGCAAUACGGAAAAUCUGGCUUCUCUCAGCCUGAAGGAACCUAAGUAUUUCGAAAAAAAUCCGAAAUUUAAUGAGCUAAAGCUUGUGGAAACAAGAUAUGAAGGCAAGAGAGAGGACUAUCCUUCGAGAGAUGUUUUCCUGCAAGACGCUGUUGAUAGAUGGUCUGAAGAAUUGAACAAGUACAACAGCUUCCGCCGAUUCGGUUGCAAUUUCUCAGAAGACGAAAAUAAGUUUAUCACUGCUUGCCUUUUCAAGCAAUAA